AAGCAUCUGUCGGUUUUCCGAACGCACCCGCGCCGCGCGCCGACUCGCUCGUUCUGUAGAAAGAGAAGUUCGUGCUCCGUCUCCUCUUUAACCUGCAUUUUGCCAAUAAUUUUGUUUCGUUCAGUCAGUCAACUUCCGACAUUUCUUCUUUGUGGUUGUGCCCGAAGUCGUCUAGUCAAAACCCAGUGGGAAUAAAAUUCUCUAUAUAACAAAAACAAAGGGAAUAUCUGUCGCUAUGGCUGAAAAGGAAAUAAUAUCAAGUAAUCAAAUUAAUAAUGAUCAAUUCUUUGAAGGUGUUGAGAAGCUAAUAGAAAUUUGGUUUACACCGGCUAAAAAUGCGGAUUUGAGAAAAAUUACACGCCAACAAUGGGAGAAUGUGCUCAAGAUUGUGCGGUGCGAGAUCAUCUCUUUCACACAGAGCGAGCAAGUCGACGCCUAUGUCCUCAGCGAGAGCAGCAUGUUCGUGUCCCGCCGCCGCUGGAUCCUGAAGACGUGCGGCACGACGACGCCGCUGCGCUGCCUGCGCGCCGUGCUGGCGCUCGCGCGCGACGUGGCCGGGCACGCGCGCGUCGACAACGUGUUCUACUCGCGCCGCGAGUUCGCGCGCCCGAGAGCGCAGCUGCGCCCGCACGACAACUUCGACAGCGAGGUGGAACUGCUGGAUUCGUUCUUCGGCGACGGGCGCGCUUACAUCAUGGGUCCAGAGAAGGACUGCUGGUACCUCUACACACUGCUGCCGCUUGAAGGCACAGUAGACGCUCUGGAGAAAGAGGAGCGGAACAGCCGCGAGGCGGCGGGCGCGCUGCCCGAGCCGGACCAGACCCUCGAGAUACUCAUGUCGGACCUCGACCCAGAAGUCAUGGACAUUUUCACACGAGCGGCAUCCGCGGACGCCAAGCAAGCCACCAAGGUGUCGGGGAUAGACAAAAUCAUUCCAGGCAUGGUGAUCGACGACUUCCUCUUCGAUCCCUGCGGGUACUCCAUGAACGGGCUUGAUAAAGAUGGCUGCUACAUGACGAUCCACAUCACCCCGGAGCGGUCGUGCUCGUACGUGUCGUUCGAGUCCAACUGUCCCGUGGCCAGCUACGAUGACGUCAUCGCGCGCGUGCUGCACGCCUUCCGCCCGCAGCGGUUCGUGCUCACCGUGUUCGCCACUCCGGAGCCGACGUGCACAGAGCCGCGCUCGCUGAAGCGGUACUCGUCGCUGCGCGAGUACAGCGCCACGGACGCGCACUACUGCCGCUUCGCCAACUACGAGCUGCACUACGCGCUGUUCGCCAAGUUCCCGAGCUGAGGCUUGGCGCUGUCGGCGCGCGAGCUACACAC